AUGGACGUAGAACAAGAAUACGAUUUAUUUAUAAUAGAAGGCUCUGGAGGUCUUGCUUGUGCCAAAUAAGCGGCAAAAUUAAGUGCUAAAGUUGCUUUGGCUGAUUUGGUUAAACCAUCACCUUUAGGAAUUAAAUGGGGAUUGGGAGGAACAUGUGUUAAUGUAGGUUGCAUUCCAAAAAACUAAUGCAUUUUGCAGCUACUUUAGGAGUAUUAAGACAUGAUUAAGUAGAAGCAGGGUAUUUUUAAUUUUAGAUGGAUUGAUACAUAAAUUGAUUCAAAGCAUAAUUGGAAAAAAUGGUUGAAAAUGUGAAUAGCCAUAUACGUAAAUUGAAUUUUGGUUAUAAAAAUUCAAUUUACAUAGAUAAGUGGUAAAGUAUUACAAUUAAUUAGCAGAAAUCAUUGAUGCAAAUACAAUAAAAGUAAAGUAAUAAUAAUAUAUAUUCAAAGUUAACAGAUAAUAAAGGACAAAUUGAAACAGUUAGAGCUUAAAAUAUAUUAAUAGCUGUUUGAGGUAAACCAUCAUACCCAGAUAAUAUUCCAAAUAUUUAAAAUCUUGUGAUAACAUCUGAUGAUUUAUUUUGGUUAUAGGAGAAUCCUGGUAAAAAAUUAGUUGUUGGUGCUUCUUAUGUUGCAUUAGAAUGUGGAGGAUUUUUACAUGGAAUAGGAAAUGAAGUGACGAUUAUGGUGAGGAGUAUUCUAUUAAGAGGAUUUGAUUAAGAGAUGGCAGUAAAGAUUGGAUAUUAUAUGG